GGCGGCCGUUGCCUAGCGAGGGGCCGCGAACAGCGCGGGCCGCCCGCCGCCGCCGGCCGCUGCCCUCGCUGCGGCCCGGGCCCGGCUCGGCCCGGCUCGGCUCGGCUCCGCGGCUCCCGACGCUCCCGCGUGAUACGAUCCCGGCUGCUCCUCAGGUUUGGAGAGGUUGCAAACACGGAAAAUCCGCUGGGCCGCGCUCAGAGCAUCCCUGCAAGCGAGGAGGCCGCCUUUGCAGACAACUAAGAGAGGUGAACAGAGCUGUGGUAACAGAUUUCUUCUUGACAAUGUGAAUACUGAGAGGGAAGCACAAGGGUGGAGUCUGGCAUGGAGGAGAUCCCAGUUAAAGUUGCAGUCCGAGUCAGACCUUUGCUUUCCAAAGAAAUACUUCAAAACCACCAAGUGUGUGUCAGAUUAGUCCCAAAUGCUAAACAAGUUAUCAUUGGAAAGGACCAUGUCUUCACUUUUGAUUUUGUAUUUGGCAAAAACUCAACCCAAGAAGAAGUUUAUGCUGUUUGUAUUAAGCCUCUUCUAGUGUCUCUGAUUGAAGGAUACAAUGCUACAGUGUUUGCGUAUGGACAGACUGGUUCUGGGAAGACUUACACCAUCGGUGGUGAUCACAUUGCAUCAGUUGCAGUGGAUGAAAGGGGCAUAAUCCCACGGGCUAUUCAGGAAUUAUUUCAUCAUAUUUCUGAGCAUCGUAAUAUUAACUUCCGUGUGAAGGUAUCCUAUAUAGAGGUUUACAAGGAAGAACUUCGAGAUUUGUUGGAUUUGGAGACCUCUGUGAAAGAUCUACAUAUUCGAGAAGAUGAGAAGGGAAAUACAGUGAUUGUUGGUGCUAAGGAAUUCCAAGUAGAAUGUGCAGAUGAAGUGAUAAGCCUGCUGGAAAGUGGCAAUGCAGCUCGUCACACAGGCACAACACAGAUGAAUGAGCACUCUAGUCGAUCUCAUGCCAUUUUUACCAUCAGUAUUCAUCAGAAGCAGUCUGCAGAGUAUCAGAAUGCUGCACAGGAUCCGAUCGCUUCAAAGUUUCAUUUUGUGGAUUUGGCAGGAUCAGAAAGGGUAGCAAAGACUGGAAAUACCGGUGAACGCUUCAAAGAAUCAGUUCAGAUCAAUAGUGGUCUCUUGGCCUUGGGAAAUGUCAUCAGUGCCCUUGGAGACCCAAAAAGGAAAAGUGUGCAUAUUCCAUACAGGGAUGCUAAAAUCACUCGUAUUCUGAAAGACUCCCUUGGAGGAAAUGCCAAGACUGUUAUGAUAACAUGUAUAAGUCCAUCCUCAAUGGACUUUGAUGAAUCUUUAAAUUCCCUCAAAUAUGCCAACAGAGCAAAAAACAUUAGAAAUAAACCAGUAGUAAAUUACAACCCAGAAAAAGAGCGAAUUGAUGAAAUGGAACUUGAAAUCAGAUUGCUUCGGGAAGCUUUGCAGAGCCAGCAGGACAAUAAUCAGCAUUUACACGACUUAAAUGAAGAAAAAGCCCGUGUCAGUUCACUUGAGGAGCAGCUCACUCGCCUUCAGGUUCAAUAUUUCAGUUACAGAAAUUGUGUAGAUGAAGCCUUACCUUUUCUAGUUGAUUUGAAUGAUGAUGUUAGCUUAAGAAGAAGUCAGCGGGACAGGUUGCAGAGCUGGAUCACUAUGGUACAGAAAGUAAGGAAGGAAGCUCUCACCAUCCAGGAGACUGACACAGGGACUGAGACCAGCCCAGUACCACAUCACAUUACAAUUCUUCAGCUGAAGAGGGAACUAAAGAAAUGCCAGCAGGUACUAGUCAUGGAUGAAGAACUGUUUAGCCAGAAGAAUCAUGAAAUGCAGAUACUGCAGAAUCAGAUAAAGACAUUACUACAAGAAAAGAAAGAACAACAGGAAUUUUUAAAGGAGGCUCAAGAAACACAAAGAUUGCAGAUUGAGAAAAUGGUGGAACAGCACAUAGUAAUUGAUCAGCUAAAAUUGAAAUUAGAGAAGUUUACAGAUGUGAAAGCUUUAGAUUUCCCAAGUGCUUAUGAAGAUGGGCCAGCUGUCAUGGCAUUUGCUAGGAGGCUCUACAGUGUCCCUGUCACAAAAAACCUGCUACACCCUCUUCACCUGCCUUCAGAGACAGAGAUCCAAAAGGGGUAUACCAGCCCCCCCAUCCUGUCUCUGGCCCAGAUAAUGGCAGAAUUCCAUAUUCGCAGGCAGAUUAUACUGAGCAAGUUAGAAGAUCAAGAUAAAGUCCUUCACUGCCACCUCUCUGAUCAGAGUGGUGAAGAGGAAGACAAUACAGGCAGCAAAGAGAAAACCUCAUAUAAGUGUUCCAUAAACCGAACAUGGACACAAAAUCAUUCUUCUCCGUGCCUCUUUCCUGAUGUAAGGGACAUGAAAUGUCGAAUAGACAAGUCUGGUUUGUCCAAUAAAUCUGCGCUACAAACCGGCACAAAUACAGGUGAAGAGAUUGACAGCCUCCAGAAAUCCCAUGUUUUUAACAUGCAGAAGUUAAAGAAUUCAGAGUUGAGACUUGCUAAGGCUGAGCAAAAAAUAAGAGAACUUGCACUUAAUAUCAAAAGGAAAGAGGAACUUAUUAAGGAGUUAGUAAGAACAGGUAAGGAUGCUCAGUCUGUAAGCAGGCAGUAUUCUUUGAAGAUAAGUAAACUGGAGCAAGAAAUUGAGCAGGCCAAAAAAGAACUGGCUGAAACACAAAAGCAGCUUGAGGAGCUGGACAGUAAAGAGCUGAGAGAUAUUCCUGAGAAAGUCAUGUUACAGAAAGAGUGCCAGAAGAAGAUGGAGGCAGCCAAGUUGAAAGUGCAGACCUUACAGAAGAAGCAGCAAGACACCAAGAAUUUGGCUUCAUUAUCUAACCAAAGGGAGAGAGAAGCAAGAGAACUUGAGCAGAAAGUGGCGCAGAUGAAGCAUCAGCAAUCCCAGAUACAGAAGAGACUGUGUGAGGAGAGUGAAAAGAAGAAGCAACUAGAAGCAGAGCUUCAGCAGGACCAGCAACAAAUUAAAGAACUUCAACUUAAGAUGGAACAACAACAGAAGAUCCUUAAAAUUAAGGAUAAAGAAACUGCUGCUUUCAAAAAGAAGAAAAAUAAUUCAGUGGGAACUCCACAGAAACUACAGAAAUUAGAAGAGCAGAAGAAGUGGCUGGAUGAAGAAAUGGAAAGAAUUCUUCAACAGCACCAACAGUUAGCAGAACUAGAAGAAGAUUUAAAGAAAAGAGAAGCCAUUGUAGCAAAAAAAGAAGCAUUAUUGCAGGAGAAAAGCUACCUGGAAAUCAAGAAACUGAGAUCUAGCCAGGCUUUGAACAAAGAUAGUAUGAAAUUGUCUACCUGCUUAAGUAUGCUGGAUCAGGAGCUGUGUGAUAAAAGUAUGCAGCUUCAGGACAGCACCACUGACAAGUCAGACAUUUUGGAAAAAAUUCAGGCUCUCCAAAUGGAAAGGGAUCAGCUGCUCAGAAGGAGAAAUAGUAUGGAUGAGAAACUGAAAGAUGGUAAAGUGUUGUCAACUGAAGAAGAACAUAUUCUUUUCCAGAUAGAAGAAGGAAUUGAAGCCCUUGUAGCUGCAAUUGAUUACAAGAAUGAAAGUAUUCAUAAUCGCCAGCACUUACUUAGGUCAUCUUCUCAGAGUCUUUCACAGAGCAAGCAUAAUGUAAUAGGGAAACUAGUUUCCCUGUCUGCUGCUGAGCUCAGGGCUAUCAUCAUCAGUUAUUUCAACAAGAUUGUUGGCCUGCGUGAGUCUGAACGAAAAUUACAAGUGCAGAUUGAAGAACAGGAAAUGAAGUCCAUACACCAGAAAAACAUGAUGCGUGAAUUAGAAUCUGCACUUGAACACAUCAAGUUGCAGUGUGACAGGCAGCUGACUCACCAGCGCCAAGAACAUGAGAAAAAAAUACAGUUUAUAUUGAAUAAUUUCAAAGAACAAAGUAGUGAAGGUAUUGCAGAAACCCUGAAAGGGUAUGAAGUAAAAAUUCAGCAACUGGAAAAAGAUUUAUUUUUCUAUAAGAAGACCAGCAGAGAGCUGAAGAAGAAAUUGAAGGGUCUUCUUGGAGAGUCAUCUGAAUAAUUAUUGUCAUCCAGUAAAUGUAAGCAUAUUAUCUGAUAAUGUUUGUGCAAUUGUCAGUAGACCAUUUGAAGAGUGGUGAACAUACAGAACUAUGUCAGAGAGCUGUAAAACAUUGUAUUUUUACUGUAUUAACUGUUCUUCAGGAAUAUAUUCUACCUCUACCCCCGUUUCAAGUGAGAGACUAGCUGUAGCAGUGGUGUGCCAAUGGUUUAAAUUCUUGUUCUAUUUUCUCUGGAUUCUAACAAUUUCAGCAUCUACAACCUCAAACUGUUAUGGUUAAAGCAAAGAAAUUUUGCUCUCUAAAAGCAUCUGAAUUCUAUUGUAACUAAAAGCUUUGUUAUAUGCCAUGCAUUUGAUUUCUUAAAAGUUUCUGGGAGAUUUUCAAUGAAAAGUGCCACACUUCCAGUUACUAACUUAUUUUAGCUACUCACUUACUAAAGCUUAAAGAGCAUUUACACACUUGAAGGGGAAAAGAAGUGGUCUCUAUUGUGACUCUGUGCUUUGACAUAAAAAAACCCCAACCAACUGAACAAACAAAACACAACAACCGUUAGUGUAAGUUUUUAACUGUUUCAUGUCCUUCUUGCCAGAAUCCAGAUGUGCAACAGAGCUAUUCAUAUGGAGGAGAAAAGAAGGUUCAGUUUCAUCAGUUUUCUUUUGUCUCAUACCUCUCAAUGCCACCACAAUACCUCACAUACACAAUAUAGCCUUCUUGGCCUGUUGGUGUUUCUUUUUAAGGUUCAGCAAGACUGGUUCUUCCUCCCAAUGGAUGCUUCUGUUUCUUUCCACUCAGUGCCACGCCUUCGUACAGAGAGAUGCUGAUCACACACCUCUACUCCCAGAGUGAAUUAGGGCUCAGCCCUUUCCUUCUAGGCAAGAUAAUGAGCCUACACAUUCAUUACUAUGAAGUACACUAUCAAACUGUGAAAAUGAAUAUUCUAGAGACUGGAUAAUAAAUGAGCAUGGGAAAGACUAUUCGCUGUCUAGCAUACACACAAGCAUGUAGUUUAGGAUAUGUAUCUAUGUGGGCAAACACUUAUCCUUGGCAAAUUGUAGCAGUGGGAAGGGAGAAGACCCCUGUGAAUUUCCAACUUUUUCCAAUGCAUAUAUUUGCAAGUUUUAUAAGAGAUACUCUGCAUUUAGUUAUUUUUCUUUCUAGUACAUUAUGAAACACGUUGCUAUACAAUGUAAUAAAACCAUAAUUUGUUACUGGGCUUAACAAAUAAUAAAAUCCUGUUUGUAUAUUGCAAUCAAAUUUGUUGAAUGUCUUUUGUGUGUUGUACUAAUAUAGCUGCUGAUUGUUUUUCAAUAUAUGAAUAAUUUCAUAUUUGUCAUAGUUCAGUUGUUCACUCCUAGACUGCUUACUAGGAUACAUUACAAGUUAGAAUGAUGAGCCUUGUAUUAACAGCACCUUCUCAGAUGACAGUAAUGGCAAAUACCUCCUGUGUUUUUGUAGAUGGUGAAAUUUUUUAGUAUAAAGGGCAAAAUGUGAGAUGCUGAUAACUUUUUAUGAUGUUCAUGCUGCAAGUUGCUGAUGCUAUAAAACCAUGUGCCUACCUAUGUCAGGCACUCAGAGAAUUUGUAACUUUCAGGUAUUUAUCAGCUGAUCAUUUCAUUUUAGAUAACAGUACUGGUGUAGUUCUCCAGUCAAAAGGAAGCAGAAGUUGCUUCUGAUGAAUUCAAGUGAAAACAGCUGUUAACAAAGUUCAUGUCUUUACUAACUACAAGUAAUUUUUGAAGUAUUAGAAAACUCCCUCUCUGUCAGUCUGCUCAGUGUACUUUAAGCAAUGAAUAUAAAUAGUAAUAAAAUAAUUUAAAAUAAUUCUGUACUGCUUUACUGGAUUUUUUUACAGUGCCAAUUCCUUACAGUGGAAAUUUUUUGGGUUUUGCUUUAGAUACUGUCUAGACAAUGGUAGCACAGACUGAAAACAGGGAGAGAAGGCAAUUUUCCUUAGCCAGUCUGGUGAAUAGCAGUACUGUGUAAUUAUUAACAAACAAAUCUUUUCUUCCUGCUGGUGAAUCAGAUUUCCAAUUUCAGUUCUGUGUAACAGGAGAAAAUACAUCAAAGUACAGGUCUGUAUUCUUGUUAUACUGCAGCUUUGAAGGAACUUCUCUUAAACCUAAGAAAAUACUGAUUUUUUUUUUUAUGACUACUUCCAUAUUGGACUUAAUGUACAGAAAUAUUCCCAACAAUAUGUAGCUCUUAAAUGCAAGAAAAACUGAAUAGAAUGUAAGAAAACAAACAGGCUGGAAGUAGGUUUUGGAUAACAAUACAUUUUGGAUGCCCCAUUCAAGGAAAUGUUCAAGGUCAGGUUGACCAGGGCUUUGAGCACCUUGACCUAGUGAAAGAUGCUCCUGCCCUUGGUGAUCGGACUGCCAAGAGAGUACAUAAGGGAUUGAGAUGUUGAAAGGUCCCUUCUGACCCAAAGCAUUCUGUCAUUCUAAAAUUUUAUGGUGUCUUGUUUAUACCUGUGUUUAUUUUCAGCUGGAAAAUACAGAUGCUAACAUGUGCAACUACCACAGAAAAAGCUCUUCCCUGCCUGUUACCUGUUAAGGAAAGUGCCAUUCUCCAGAGCCAGCCUAGUAAUAAACAAUUCCUCUGGUACUACAAACACAAAGCUCAACCAUUUAUUUUGUCCCAUGUUAACUGUCACUGAAUGCAAUAUGGCUGUAAAAAUGCAGAAUUGUUUAUUUAGUACCACAUUUAGUGCAGCACUGAAUGUGGUACUAAAUCCUGGGAUUUUACUUAGUGAUAGUUGCUGAAGUUGAAUAUUACAGAAUGCUAAACUAUGACUACGAGCUGGCUGAUUAGAAGCACAUUGGAAAACUCUCAGUGGGAAAAAAGCAGAGAACACAGAAGUCAGAGGGAAAGAACCAGAGAUGAGACCAAAGAGCAGACAAAGCAAUAUACCUGUAAGACUUUUUUCCCCACACACUGUAGCACUAAGCCAUUUCCAAAGCAAAGUAUGUGUGAAGAGAGCACUUCACUUUGGUGGGCAGCAGUAAAGGAAAGUGGGACAAAAUUCUUUCUUAAUAAAGGUACUAUGAAUCUGUAAUGCUGUUACAACUUAUUACUGACUUCUGAAAACUAGUUUCAUGAAGAUGCUAACAGUGAAAUAAGACUUUUCAAAGAAAUGAGACAGUGUAACUAACAGUCCAUAUUUAUUCAGAUUUCAUAAUAAUGCUAGAAGUCUUAUUGUAGACUCACCAAUUUGCUUGUUUGUUGUUUGUUUGUUUUCUGGCCAACUCUUUGAAAACAAUUUUCAAAUAAAAUAUCUUCGUAUUUGAUGGUACUGAUGCCACUGUUCUGAACUGUGGACGCUGUGACCACACAGGAUAAAAUGUGCAUAAUUACAUCCUGACAGAUACAAUGCUACUGGGUGGAAUGAAGUAAUCUGUUUUGUUACAGU